UCCACCGAAAUGUUUUCAUCUUCUCGCAGUCGAGGAAAGCUCUGGUUCUUUGGUCAACCUCGAAUACUCUAGUUCUAGACCAAAUCCUUCAAAUCCAGAAUGUCGGAGACACCUUUUAGACCCAGAGAGAAGCUUAUGGAGAAGCAGAAAUACUUCCAAAACAUUCACAAGCACACGUACUUGAAAGGACCCUUUGACAAGGUCACCUCAGUUGCCAUUCCUCUUGCUUUGGCAUCUACCGCUGUGUUUCUCAUUGUACGAGGAGUCUAUAAUAUGUCUCAUGGGAUAGGAAAGAAGGAAUGAGGGCCCAUAAGUUUGCCACCUUGGACCCGGAUCAUUUUAUGCAUAUGGUUUUAAAUGGAGGUUGUUGAAGGUUUUCUGUUUCAAUUUUAAUAAUGACUGUGUCAGAUUACACCUGUGAACUUAAAAUUUUCAAACUUCCAGGUUUUUGGUAUCUUUGAUAAAGAAUGUUUCAUUCUUAAUUC